AUGGUGAAGUCAGCACUGGUCAAAGAAAUGGUCGCCUUCAGGACCUCGCAGGUCACCCACCGAGUUUCUGAAGACUACUUGCCCUUGAGCGUUUGGGAAAAGAGAGGAUUUGACAGCUCGCAAAUCAAAGCUCAGGGACGAAAGAAGGAUGAUUUGGUGGACGACGAUGUCUGGAGCAUUCCCAGUGACACUGAGGGACCUGCUGGACCGAAAGUCCCCAAGAAGGGGAAAGAGGAUGACGCAGCCAAAGCUGCGCGCAAAAUGGCCAACGAGCGCGCCAAGCUGUGGAAUACCCAGUGCGGGCUGGCUACAAAGAUGCUAGCCCCACUAAGCGCCCUCGAGAAGGGUUUGGGCAACACAUUGGCGCGGUAUCAGAAGCUUGACAGCUUUGACCCGACCAUGGUAGACGGCUUGAAGGAUGCUGCCAACCUCGUUGCACGAUGGAACCAUUGUGCCCUGGUCGAUGUUGAGCUUUCCUUUGGAUUAGCGGUGUGUCCGCUUUCGAAACCCUUACACGGUCGUAUUGUAAUGUCUAAACAUGUUCGAUUUGCAAAGCAACGCCCAGGCGCCAAGAAGUUGAUCAACGCCUCAGAGGAGGACAAGGUCAACAAUGACCCAGAAGGCUUCGACACGGACCACGCUGGCAUGACUUCCAAACUGAAAGCAUCCAAAGACCUCAUGGCCGAUGCCAAGUGGGCCGUGAAAACUGAGAAGGCGGAGCAGGCUGCGAAACCCAAAGCCACCCCGAAGGUGAAGACCGCUCCAAAGCGAAAGGCCAAGACUGGGGGCGCCUAG